AUGCAGUCUAACCAACCAAAUUACGGCUACUCCAACUUUGAUCAGCUCCACGUGGAAAAGAAUGGCUUUGGUCAAGAGCGACAAAUUCAAUAUGGAUACCCAAGUUUCGAAAGUUCCGAUAACUACGACCAAGGCCAAAAUUUUACCCAGUCCCAGCAAGGCCAACUUGAUUUGAAUCUUCGUGGCUAUACAGAUUCAAGCAACGCAAUUGGUCCUUGGGGCCUGCAAGAUUCCUCCCAAUUGACUUGCUCAGGAUUCUCCGGUCACCCGUUGAAUGACUUUAUUAAUCAACAGAUGACUGGUUCAACUCGAAACAACUCAACUAUACCAAUCCCCAAUAUCCAAUCACUGCCAAAUGCAAAUAUAUCAACUCUGCCAAUACGCCAGCUAUCCGCUUUUCCAACAGUCCCAUCCGUUUCCACUUCUGAGCCAGUCCCGGUCCCACCUAAGAAAAAGCAAAAACGCCAACCCGCACAAGUUAAAGGCACCAACAUAUUACCUGCUAUCCUCAGUGACUCUGCUGCACCGGAUAUCUCUGAUUCAAAUCAUCCAAUCACUAAUGCUUCCAAUCCUCUGAUCCAACCCCUGACACCUUCGGGGCCCCUGUUGCGUGCACCGGGGUGGCGCACCUCAGAUGACCCGAGGGCCGAGUCCGGACUCCGGAUUGCCGUGCCUUCGCAUCCGACAAUUGAAGCUCGCAUCCCUUUUCGGCAAUGCGCACGGAUCAUCGAUUCUGUUCACACCGAAGUGAUGGUGCAGGGCUAUUCCGAUAGGACCUUGGUACUCGUUACUCAAACUGGGAAAAUCGGUAGUCUGACCCAGGUGACUGUCCCUCUGGCUAGCUUCGAGCAAGGCUACGAACUCGCGUCCGGCUUAGAUGAUGGUCUUGUGCCCGCGCUGCCCGUUCCGUUCACAUCCCUCCAGCUUGUGCCCCUCCUCAGCUCGACGCCUCCCGACCUGAAACCUCUCUACGACGUAUACCUAAACCAAAUAGCCAUGCUUGCCCUCACUGGCUUCUCCCCCGACAAUUCAUCUCAUCUGCGCUCAUGUAACCCGGACCGAAUGCUAAAACCGGUGAUCAUCGGCCUGGCCUUGACUCGGUUACCUAAAACUACCGAGCAGGAUGUGACUAACUUAGAGAGAGCUCGGUUUUCCGCUAUCAUGAACAUGAUUAUAGAAUCCAAAGUUUGGUGA